AUGCUAAUCUAAUUUAACAAUGUUUAUUCAUGCAAAUUGAGAUAAUCCUUUCUUGACCAGCUUUAUGAUUACGAGUACAAUGUUGUAUCUGUGAUUUAUUCAUUAUUAUUUUUUAAUUAAAAUGUCACUUAGUUAACUGUCAGGAAAACAAACUAUCAAUUAUGCAAGUAUAAAUAUAAGUUAAUCAAUUCUAGAGAACUCAGACAAAUGAGAACUCCAAAUGAUUAAUAGUCAUUUGGAUUACGUUAAGAUAAUCUUGAUUAAAUGAUGUUUUAAUAACAUAAUCCUUUAGUUACAUAAAAACAUCAAAGAGCAAAAUCUUCUUUAUAGAAUAAUUAUAAAUAAGGUACUCCAAAUACAGAUUUGGAAGAAUUAGAAGGAGAUAAAUUAUUUGAUUAAUUUUUUAAGUUGAAUAAUUCUAGAAGUGAUAGUGAUUUUAUGAGAGAAUCAAUAUAAAGAGAAACAAAAUCAAUUGAAUCUGAUUUCUUAAAAUUUGUAGAAAAUGCAAUAGAAUAUCACAAAUAAUCAGAACUUCAUUUUAGACCUCUUAUAAAAAAGAAUCCUUAAUUAGAUUAAAAAAUAAAAGAACUCAAUCUUUCAAAUAGAUUUUUAGCAAAUGAAUUAAAUAGAUAUAAAUAAAAAGAACAUGUUUUAAAAAAUAAAGUUAAACUAAUGUAAAAAGAAUUCUAAAGUGAAAUUACAUAAUUGAUUUAAAAAAAUGAAUGGUUGGAAGAACUUUUAGUAAAAUAGAAGAUUGAUAAUGAGAAUUCUUUAUUAGCUUUAAAGAAAUCUUUAGAAAUGAUAUAAGGAAAAUGCAAAUGUUAAAAAGUAAUUAUAAAUUAUAAAUUUUAAGGAUGUGAAAUCAUAAGUUAAACAAUAAUUUGAUUUAUAAGCAACUCAUUCCUCUUCAGAAUUAAGUAGUAACACUGAAGAAGAAGAUUUUCAAUAUGAUUUUUUUAAAAGAAGAAAAUCUCUAUCUAAAGUAAUAUAUUAUAUCCUAAUGUUUCAGAAUUCAGAUGAUCAUUAAUUUUUUUAGAGUAAAAUAAAAAAUCAAAAAGACUAUUCACGCGAUUUCUUUCUUCGUAAAAAAUCUGCUCAAGAUCCAUAUUAUACAUGA